ACUACUAGCAGAUCAACCGCUGCAGAGAAAGGAUGUUUUGUGGUUUACACAUCCGAUAAAAUCCGCUUUGCGUUUCUAAUAAGUUACCUGAGCAACUCUGUUUUCCAAGAGCUCUUGAAGAUAUCUGAAGAAGAGUUUGGUCUCUCCACCGAUGGACCAAUCACAUUGCCAUUCGAUUCGGUUUUCUUGGAGUAUCUCAUCAAAUUGAUCCAACGAAGAAUGGAUGGAGAUACAGAAAAGGCUCUGCUCAUGUCAAUCUCUAGUGCUAGAUGUUCUUUACCAUGCUCUUUUCAACAACAAGAACAAUUGCUUGUAUUUUAGAGAAUUAGUUAGUGUCUAGCAGUUUCUAUGUUUGUAAAGAUUAAUCCACUGUAUCAGAUUAGACAGAUUAUUUUAGAAAUACAAACCAUUUCUUUAUCUCUUUCC